UGCAGCAAUAUUUAUCUGUCAUGAAUGAGGAAGCACAGAACAGUACAGAGCAGACUAUGACUUCUGUGACUGCAGCUUUCUGGGCUCCAGAUGGCUGUAUAUAGUAAUUUUCUGCUUGUCGUGCUUUUGUGGAUGUGUUGCACCAUUAUAAGUGGGUUAUUUACAGUACAGGCCAAAAAGUCUCACUACAUGGCAGAGUAUGGGGGUAACGUCUCCAUGGAAUGUCAAUUCACAAUGGACUUGGGAACAAGUAUUGAAAAUUUAAAUGUUUUAUGGAAACACAGAAGAGAUAACAUGAACAGUGUAGAAGUAGUAAAGUAUAUAAAUGGCAAAAAUAUAGAAAUAUCGCAAAGCAGCAGUGGCAGUGACCGCAUGAAGCUGUUAUCAAAUGAACUGCGCAAGGGUCGUGCCAUCCUUCACAUCAGUAAAGUAAAGAUGACUGAUGCAGGUCAAUAUCUCUGCAUUAUAUCUUCUCAAGGAUCAGAUUUUAAAGUGAUGAAUCUGGAUGUGCAAGCACCAUACAAGGAAAUCACAAAACAGGUCACAUAUGUGGUUAAUUCCUCUGGAGAAACAGUCAGAGAAGUUUCCUGUCAGUCAUUUGGAUAUCCAGAGGCCAAGGUCACCUGGAUGAUAGACAACAAGAACUUCACGGUGGUCCAUAACACCAGCUACACACUAACUGCUGACAGAUUGUUCAAUGUCACCAGCAUAGUCAGAAUCCCAGCCAUGUCUGAUAGAACACUCACUUGCACCUUCUGGAACAAAAUCACUCAUAAUCCAACAUCUCUCACUUUCAAUGUCUCAGAAAAUGUGAAAAAUGAAAAAUCUCAAGCAUGGAAACUUUCAUUUGUCAGUUUGACAAUAUUAAUUGUAAUAGUUGUCUUCAUAUUAGUGUAUGUUUCAGGACGAUACAAAAAAUGUCAUCAGUUAAGGACAAGCAUCUGCACUGACACUCUCCGUAUCAAUGCUGAUAUGUCAUCAGCAAACAAAUAUUCUAGCAGUCAUUUUGGAAGCAAAUCUGGGGACACAGUAGUUGAUGUAAAAAACACUGUCACAAGACUCCUGAACAGUUCCUGAGAUCUGUCCAAUGAUAAAACUACAAGCAAAGCAGGAUGGAGAAUAUUUCAUUUGCACUUUAUGAAAGGAGAACGUUUACUUCAUUGAGGUUUUGUGUUUGGCAGGUCCAAAACAUUGCUUGUUCGGAAUUAUGCUUUGUUAUGUCUGUUAAUAGAAAAAAAAUUAUAUGGAACUAUUAUUAUUAUUUAUUUUAAAGCACCAUUAAUUCCAUGGUUCUGUACAUCCAGUCGGGGUUA